UUUCGACACAUGCUGGAUCGUUUCGUACUCAUCUACCUCGACGACAUCUUGGUGUACCACCAACACCACGGACGUUCGUUCAUUCAUGGGGUUGGCAGGCUAUUAUCAGCGUUUCAUCACCGGAUACUCAAGGAUUGUUGCACCUCUGACGAGACUACAAUCGCCAAAGGUGCCAUUCGUAUUCGAUGACGACGCGCGCCAGGCUUUCCAAGCACUCAAGACGGCCAUACUCAUGGCACUCGUCCUUAGCAUCUACGACCCCACUCUGCCUACGAGAGUGACGACUGACGCUUCCCGUUACGGCAUUGGGGCAGUCUUGGAGCAGCACGACGGCGAGGAUUGGCACCCUGUGGAGUAUUUCAGCCACAAAGUGCCUCCCAUCAAUUCUUUGGAUGAUGCMAGGAAGAAGGAGYUGCUUGCGUUCGUCAUGGCUCUCAAGCGAUGGCGGCACUUCCUUCUUGGGCGUCGUAGGUUCACAUGGGUCACGGACAAUAACCCAUUGACCUACUACAAGACGCAGGACACGGUGAGCAGCACGAUUGGACGGUGGAUGUACUUCAUCGACCAGUUUGACUUCACACCGAAACACGUUAACGGCCUUUCCAAUCGCGCAGCAGAUGCACUUUCACGACGACCUGAUCUUUGCGCUAUGAUGCAUCACGCCUUCGCGUUCGACGAGGACCUCCAGCGACACUUCAUCAGGGGCUAUCAGUCUGACCCAGAGUUUGCUACGUUGUAUGCGCAACUAUCUUCGGAUCACCCGCCGGCCAGCCACUAUCGCAUUGCCAAUGGGUACUUGCUCCUCCACUCGAGAGGCAAGGACUUACUGUGUGUCCCACGCGACCGCCGUCUUCGGACUCGCCUUCUCGGUGAGUAUCAUGAUUCGCGACUCGCUGGCCAUUUCGGAGUCAAUCGCACGAUUGUACGACUUCGACAACGAUUCCGAUGGCCCGACCUCAUUUCCGAUGUCAUGCGGUAUUGCGAUUCUUGCGAAGUUUGCCGACGCAGCAAACCCCGCAACCGCAAUCCCUAUGGCGAGUUACGCCSGAUGCCUAUMCCCCGGGAACCCGGUAUCUCCAWUGCUAUGGAUGUCACCGGUCCAUUUCCUCGAGACCGGCUCGGGCACGACGGCAUCCUCACGGUUGUGGACCGAUUGAGCAAGUACGCACGUUUUCUUCCUUGCAAGUACUACUCCACGGCUCCCGAGCUGGCACGCCUCUUGCACACCGGUUGGAUUUGUGGCCACGGCGUACCCGAGGACAUAGUCAUCGACCGCGACACUCGUUUCAUGUCGACUUUUUGGACCUCUCUCAUGCAGGAGUCUGGCACGACGAUGAAACCCAGUUCGGCUCGGCAUCCACAGACAGACGGGCAAACGGAGCGGGCACAUCAAACCGCUCAAAUGAUGCUUCGUACGCUCAUCCGUCCGGACCAGAAAGAUUGGGUUGACCGCCUCCCCGACAUCGAGUUCGCCUACAACACUUCAGUGCACCCGGCGAUUGGUGUGACUCCAUUCGAGUUGCACCACGGUGGACGGAAAGGCCGUAUCUUCGCUGAUCUUCUCCUCCCUCGACCAGGCGACAUUAACGCCGCUUGCUCUCCCGCUUCCGUCCGGAAGUACAGGGAAUUGCUGGCUCAAGCCCGCACAAACAUGCAAAAGGCUCAAGUCCGCAUGCAGCAGCAAGCCAACAGGCGCCGCGUACCAUGUCCCAUCCGCGCCGGAGACUGAGUUUGGGUCUCCUCGGAAGAGUUUGCAUUGGAACAG